AUGGAGGCACCUUUGGGUUCUGGCACCCAACGAAAACGACUGCAUUUUGGCGUGCCUCAGAACCUGCCGCUUCCCAUCGUCUCCGCACUUUCACCUCAAAUCACGCCCGAGAACACGUGGAUGAGCAACUCUGUACUCCAGAGAACGACGCGCGCGGCUGCUUCCGGCGAUGGCGGCAACGAGCACCAGCCAGCUGUGCAAUGUGACGAGUCUAAGCUGGCUGGAAGCACACUUUGGCCAGCCGCGUCGCGUCACAUAUCACUGAGAGUUCUUGACGGACUGUCAAACUACGGAUUGAAGUGGACGACGACGAGUGUAGUCCAGCACUGGCCAGGCCAGGUCCACGCCACUCACUUCAUGUCCCGUCCUCCCGCGCUCUCCCGUCAGGCCCUGGCACCUCUAGUUCAUCCCGUCCCCGGAGGCGGCGUGUAA